UAUUCUUAGUAAUCAGCUAUGUAGUAGGGGAGGUUGGGUAACAUUCACUGGAUAUUUUCAACUGUCAUGACAACAGAGGUCUGUUGUUACAACACUUCACCUCUAACCUCAAUACGAUAAACCUCUCCAACCUUCAAAACAACCCCUCUCAUCAAAACACCAAGAUCUCCUGAACAAACUACCACCUUACAUGUCAUGCUGCUCCAACUCCUCCUUCAAACACUCCUCCUGCUCCUCGCCCACUCUGGUGACGUCACUGAAGUCUGUCUCCACCACGACACCCAACUCCCACUCCUCCUAGUCUCCAGACUGGACGGUAAAAUCAGCGCUGUCUCCCUGUCUCCUGACCUCCCUGUGUUAUGGGAACUAGAUCUGGGAUACCCUCUUCUGUCAGCCAGUAGUGUGGUGCUAGGGGAUCACACCUACCUCAUACCCUCGCUAGAUGGUAACCUUUAUACCCUCUCACAAACACAGGUUAUUGAACCGUACGCGCAGUUAGAGGCCCUGCUCAGUAAACCUUAUGACAAGGGGUCCAGUUCGCGGUGGGUUGGCGGGAAGGUGGUGACGACGCGCGGCGUAGCACCUAAAGACGGGCGGGUUUUGUACGAGUGUAACUUUGAUAAUUGUCAGAGAUAUAACGACAGUACUGUUGGGCACGAGCCGUUGUUAGCAGUGACAGACGAGAGAAGAACAGUGCGGUUGUUGGACAUGAAGUUGGGAGUAGAGAGGUGGAACUGGUCGAUAUCCAGCGUGGAGAUGCAAUAUAUAGGCCUCAAACACCGCUCAUCCUGUCACCCUCCUCGGCUCCCUGCUAAACUCCACUUUGACGUGGAAAUGGGGGUUAUAUCCGCGCUGUUUGAUUCUGGACACUACGCUACUGUCGUCCUCCCAGGACCUCUUUCUCAAGCCUGGGUCCUGAACGACGAACACCUCCAGAGUGUAAACAUGUUUUACAGUGACGACACAGACUCGACAUCUGUUAACGUUUACCUGGGUCUCUGGCAGGGUAACCACUACAUCCAGCCCUUCCAUCCUGGCGAGACCAUGUUCAGGAUAGAUCGUAUAAACAAGGAGGUGUUUGAGUUGGGUUGGACGCGCGAGGGGCGCGCAGGACGAGACACUAUCAGUUGGGAGCACCCAAUAAAACAUGAUUCCACUGCACUAGCUGUGGUGAGCAAUGACUUGACUAGCAGCGACUGGGUGGGGAAGAUAUGGAAACCUAGACCCGAUUACAAUGCACCGCCGCCCCGUAGGGAGAGUGAGACGGACAGUUUUACAGUGUCAGAUGUGUGGGUCAGUAUGUUGUCCACUUUCUUGAUUGGGAUUAUCAUAGCGUAUGGUGUUUACAGGAAAGUAUUCAAAAGGAAGCCACAGUUGACAACUACCAGCACUGAAACUGAAGCUGAGGACCAUGUAUCACCUCCGUCUAGCCCCUUUGUUUCCAACGGAUUCAACUUCGAUAAUAUACCUCCCCCGCCCUUUGAGUCGAGAUUUGAGCAGGACUUCACCGUGAUCCGAGACUUGGGUCAGGGUGGUUUCGGGAAGGUAAUCGAGGCAAAGCACAAGAUAAGCGAGCACAAUUACGCUAUCAAGAUUAUAAAACUCCCAAACAAAGAGGAGCUGAGGAGGAAAGUGGAGAGAGAGGUAGCUGCAAUGGCGAAGUUAGAGCACCCUAAUAUCUUGAGAUAUUACACAAGCUGGAAGGAGACACAAACUUUAGAAUGGGCCCGGUCCAGGAAGUACACUCACACGUCCAACUCAGAGAGCAAUGAUUCUGGAACUUCAAUCGGCACUUCCGGUCACUCUUUCUCGUGGUCCAAAACAUCCACCUCCCACAAACGCAACCUCUCGUGUAACAUCCAGAUUGAUGAAGAAAGUACAUCAAUCGGAAUACGACGCCAAAGUGCUGAUGACACCUACAGCGAUAUAGUUUUUGCGCAGGACUCUAAGAAUUAUUCUGUCACAAACGGUGACUCCUCCAUAGUAUUUGCUGACGUCUCCAAGACUAGACCAGAUCUCCACUUGUCCGUAGGGGAACAUUCAGUACCGGACAGUGCUACGGGAGACGAGACCUUCUCAACGUGGAACAGCGAGUCUGAGAACCCUGCAAAUUCAGCCACUCACGAGUCAUUCCUCUACAUACAAAUGCAGCUGUGUUCAGAUCAGACCCUCAAGGAAUGGCUGGCGGUAAACAAGAAGAGAGGGGAGAUUAUGAAGAUAUUCUCGGAGAUAGUGGACGCUGUGGAGUACAUCCACUCUCAUAACCAUAUUCACAGAGAUCUCAAACCAAGUAACAUUCUCUUCAGCGAGGAUGGCAGGGUUAAGGUCGCAGAUUUCGGACUUGCCACGGUCAUGUCAAACAUUAUCCCAUCUCUUGACUCUGGCAUCGAUAUAAAUCCAGGAUUUGAAGGGCCUAGCAUGACUCAAAACUUGGGAACUAAACUUUAUAUGAGUCCAGAACUGGAAACGGACAGUCAUUACGAUUACAAGGUUGAUAUUUUUGCUCUGGGGAUAAUUUUCUUCGAGCUGUUGAUGGUGUUUGAUACAAUGAUGGAGAGAGUGGAGUUGAUCCAAGAACUGAGAACAGUUCGGACAGUCCCAUCUUUCAUAGAUGCUAAUUACCCCAAAUACAAAGCAAUCCUUUUGCAAAUGAUUAAUUCAGAUCCUGCCGACAGACCAACUGCAUCAGAUGUCAAGGCUUUCUUUUCAAACACGGACUGUGAUCAGAUUGAGUUUUUGAGCUGAUUUCGUAAUCCAGAUUUGCUGUAAGUGUCAGGGAUUAAUAUAUUAUAUUAUUGUCAGAUCAGAUAAGACAAGUGGUAUAUUAUAUAAUUUAGUAUUUUUAAUAUGUUGGCAAUUCCAACCAGAUUUCGAUACGUGUGCUGUGGGCCAGCAUGUGAUUAGCCCAAAAAGUACCAAUUGUUAAACUGUUUAUUUUAAGAGUUUAAGGAUUAGAAUUAUUCGGAGAUCCCCAAAACCUCAUACGUAAGAUUUAUGAUCGGUACGAGGUCAUAACUCAUCAAGCUAUGUAUCCAAAGUUGUUUUACUUAUUAUGGUCAAGGUCGGUGCGCCAACAGAAAAUCAACAUUUUCAAUUUUAUACACACGAGAUAAAUUUUCCGCUCAGGUGAUUUAUAAUAACCCUAUAAUAUGAGAAGAAUGCUAAUAAAAUUUUAAUUAUAAUUAAAUCUGCGAUUAUUUUAUGCUUUGGCAAAUUAAUUUGGAAUUUUUUAGUUAGGGUUUAUUGAAAUCAGCGAGAUUUUGUUUCGGCUUUUGUUCUUUCUAACGCUGGUUGAUUGUUCAUUGAUGAGGUAAUUUUGGUUGUAUCAAUGCAAUGACCUGCUUAAUAUGAAUUGGGUCAAUUUUCUGUUAAACAUGUAGUUGUAUUUUUAUUUGAUUGGUUUCAAAAACUGUUCCUUUAUCAUAUCCCUGGGCAGGGUCUUGCCAUAAGGUUUUAAGAUUUUUACUAUCCUAGUUUUGGUAGACUUUGAU